CAUGGUGUGGUACUGGUCAGCCAAGGCUCACUACCUUGUCACUCAGCUCUGGGUUAUCCAUGGAAUUGACAGGGACAUCCUGCGGUGCCUCACAGAAUGCCUGCAGCAGGAAUGCUCCCCAGGAUCACCCAGCAGCACAGCUGGACUCUCCCCAGCCCCAGAGCCCCCUGAGGCAGCAGGAAUUCAUCCAUGCAGGAGCAGAGGAGCGAGUGGAGCCGUGCGGGAAGUGCGUGAACUGGUACAGGAGCUCUUUUCCCUGGCAGGGUGUUGGUCAGGGCUGUCCGUCAUUCCUGGUGCUCCCAGCACGGAGCAGGAAUGUGAGGAUGCUGGCAGGGCCUCUGGAGGUCAGCAGGCUGACCCUGGGCCACUCAGGCAGCUCAGGUUGCUGGCAGCCCUGGAUUCCUGGAUAUCCGAUCGGCCAGGCUCUCCUACAUCCAUCCCAAUCCAUUUCAGAGGCAGAGAAGCUGUAGCUCUCCCUCACCUCCACACAUUCCCUCUAGGAAUACCAGCAACUCCAUUCCUAUGGGUGUCAGGAGCUGGGAAAGGCUUUGGCACAGAUCCAGGUCCCUCAGCAAAGUGCUUUAGAGCACUCAUUGUGCUGGGAAUUCAUUGCAAACUGUCAGCUUGCAGGACACCCCAUUCCCAUUUUGAGAUGGCUCCAAGGGCUUUGGAUUUAGGGAGAAGGGCUGGUGGGAAGGUGGAGUGGACCCAGAAGGGGUUGGGCAGCUCUCCCACCAACUUUACUCACCAAAAUCUCCUUCAGAAACAUCCAGGUGGAGGAGAGCACUCGGCAUCGCUGUGUCCACGCAUUCCAGGUCUGGAAUCUGCUCCAUUACUGCCCCGGCAGCACCAGGAUGGCCCUUCCAGCACCUCCCCUGCAAAGCAGGAGAGAGCAAACUGUGACAAGGGGCAGGGUGGCCCCAGCAGGGUGUCCCAGGUGACCCAGGACAUGGCCACGAGGAGGCUCCACAUGGCUCAGUUCCUGCGCAGGAAGGGCCCCAUUGCGGUAAGGCAGCGUUUCAUCCCUCUAGCUUUCCCUUAGGAUCAUGGCAACUCCAUCCCAAAUCCCUGUGUCACCCAGCUCCUGGGACAGUGCCACCAGCUCUAUUUAUGCAAAAUACUCCAAAUUCCUUCCUUCUGGUUGGAUGUGAGCUUGGCACCCUGUCCUUUCCUCAGGAUGUAUCUGAGCCUCCUGGACCUUCCCUGUUCUGCAGGAAAAGCUUUUUUUCCUUCUCUCCCCAAUGCCAUUGAUUUUUAUCCCGUUCCAGAGCAAGGAGCAGUUUGUUGCCUGUGCCAGGCAAAUGGUUUCCGAUGGGCAGGUGGUUGUUAAGUUUGGGAACAUCCUCGCCAAGCACUGCCUGGACCAGAGAUGCUCCAUGGAGCUGCUCCGUGCCACUGAGCACACCCAAUCCAUCAGCAGCCAGCUCGGCAUCGUGGCCAGGGUGAAAGCAGUGACUGGGGAGAGCAGGGCCUCCUCUGAGCUGCUGCUCAGCAACGUGCAGAACCUCCUUCAAG